GACGGACAAGCGCUAGAGCUAGUGUACUCCUUCUAUAUUGUGCCUAGACACCAUGGCCCGAUCAAAGCCACCGAAGCAGUCCUUUGCAAAAGAUACACGGACAACAGCGGCAUCAGAAGGUUCACUCUCUGCGUUCCACCCAACGCUCCCCUUCUUUGCCCAUGCUCGACUCUCCCUCGACGCCUGGCAUAUUCGCGUACUAGAUCCAUCCACGACGCAGGCGAGAAAUGAAUAUGUCCUCGAUAAAGGCGUUGCAUGCCGCUGUCUCGCUUGGGGCAAUGUAGAGAAGCCGCAACAUGCGCAAGAGAAGUCCAAGAAGAAGCAAAAAAUAGACGCAGGGGCAGGCACUACUGAUGCCAUGCUUGCUGCUGGACUUAGUGAUGGUUCUAUCCAACUCUUGAGUCCGUCGCGUGAAGGGCCCUUGCAAGUAUUGAAGGGCGGACAUACGGGUGCUGUGACCGGGAUUGCCUUUGCAGGCGAUAAAGUAUGGACUGUGGGCGAAGAUGGCAAGGCGAUUGAAUGGCAUACAGCGACUGGUAAGCAAUUGACAACCUUGACGAUUGAUACGAGUAAUGCGCUACGGUCAGUGGCAGUCCGACAAGCGAGUGGCAGCGACGGGCCGUGCCUUCUCGCUGCAAGCUAUACUAUUCAACAGAUGACCCUACCAGAUGGCGACAUGGCCCAAAGCUACACGAAUCACACAUCACCCGUUCAUGCACUUCUUUUUGCGACGUCGACACAAUUUAUCAGCGCAGCUGAAGAUGACCGCUACAUGAAUCUCUUUACACUGGGAAACAAUACGCAAGACAAGUCGUUCGUGGCAGAAGCAGACGUCAAGCACAUCACAGUCAAUGGAGCAACCCUCUGUGCUGCUACAUCUGAAGGAGCCGUUGAGGUAUUCGACCUUCAAAAGGCCACUACGAAUGGCGCCAGCAACAGUAGUAAGCGGCGGAAAUCCAUGGUUGCGAAUGCAUCUGCCAAAAUCACAGUCUCAAGACCAGACUCCAACAGCACUGUCUCUGUGCUUGACUUGAGUCUACGUCCAGACGGGACGUUGGUGCUCGUCUGGCUUGAAGGAGCUCGCGUUGUGUUUGAGACGGUUCGUGUGCGUGAUGCGGAGGGCCAAUUGGCCGCGUCUGUGAAUCUUGUACGCGCACCACAGCCUGUCUUGGGUGCCCAGACCGCGGAUGGCCAACUUGAACAAUCUGCGCGACCUUACCAAGAUGGUCAGGCUCGUAUUGCUGCAGGUCAUGAUGAAGGUGACUUUGAGAUGGCGGAUGCAGCUGAUGAGGAGGCUGAGGCGGACGUUGCAGAUGAAGACUCUGAAGAAGAUGCAGAACCGACAUUGCAAGAACGACUACAUGCGCUUGAAGUCAGUGGCAAUACACCAGCGAAACAGAAAUCAACGAGCAAGCAAGUCUUACAAGUUCCAUCGGCAGGAUCCUUGACGACUGUCUUGACGCAAGCACUCAAGUCAAGCGAUACGGCAUUGCUGGAAUCCUGUUUGCAUCAAUCAGACUCCAAAAUCAUUCUAGCGACCGUGCGUCGGUUGGAUCCCGUGUUAUCUGUGGCAUUGCUCGAACAGCUUGCAAGCCGUUUAGCGAGACGUCCAGGACGUGCUGGUGAGCUUGGUGUAUGGGUUCGCUGGACGGUCGUUGUGCAUGGCGGCUACCUCUCUUCUUUACCAAAUUUGGUCAAGACCCUUUCGUCACUCCAUGCAACACUCAGUAAUCGUGCAGCGACACUACCAAGACUCUUGGCGCUUCAAGGAAGGCUCGAUAUGGUGCAUGCACAAAUCGAGCUGAGGAGGGAAGGUGACGUCAGACAGACUAUGCAAGAAGAGGCCUCGGACGUUGAGUAUAAUGAAGGUGAUAGUGACUUUUCCGAUGAAGAGGAAGUCGAGCUUGAAGAUGCGAGCGAACUCGGUGGUCUGGAUACCAGUGAUGAAGGAUCUGCUGAGGAGGACUCGGAUGAGGAUGACGAGGCAGGUGACUUUUCAGAUGAUUCAGAGGGUGGUGAUGCGUUUGCACAAUUGGAUGCGGAUAUGGAGGCACACGCUGCUAUGGAUGAUGUGGAAAGCGAAGACAUGGAGCAAAGUGACGAUGAAGCAGAAGCUUGAUCAGAUGUUGUAGACUAUGUGCUACCAAAUUGCCUUAUUUCCGAGAAGUAGCUCUUUCUCAAAGCAC